AUGGCAAAAUGCGCAAACAUUGUAGUGUUAGUGAUGGCUACGUUGAUAUUAGUAGGAGAAAUGCAUUUUAUCUCCGCACAGAAGUGUGGAUGUCCAGAGCAAGAGUGCUGCAGCAAGUGGGGAUACUGUGGAACCACUCAAUCUUAUUGCGGAGUUGGUUGUCAACAAGGCCCAUGUACUGUCCCCUCUGGAUCCAGUCCUACUCCCUUUGGAUCCAUUGAAUAUACUAUCACUAAGGCCUUCUUUGACCGUAUUAAAGCGGGAAUUCCUGCUUCUUGUAAGGGAAAGAACUUCUACACUUACGAAGGCUUUAUCAGUGCAGCUAGAGCUAGAAUGUUCUCUGGUUUUGGCACCACUGGUUCUCUUACAGUCCAAAAGAGAGAGCUUGCUGCUUUCUUUGCCAACGUGGCUCACGAGACUGGAAGUAUGUGUUAUAUAGAGGAAAUUGUAAAACGUACCUACUGCCAACCUUCUACACAAUACCCUUGUGCUCCUGGGAAGCAAUACUAUGGACGGGGACCUCUUCAGCUAACUUGGAACUAUAACUAUGGAGCAGCGGGACAAUUUUUGGGACUUCCGUUGCUGAGAAACCCAGACUUGGUGGCACAAAAGUCUGACGUUGCCUUCAAGACGUCACUGUGGUUUUGGAUGAGAAACAGCAACUGUCACAGAGCCAUGACUUCCCCAGGGGGUAGCGGAUUUGCUGGAACGAUCAGAGCAAUCAACGGCGGAGAAUGCGGGGGAGGGAAUCCGGCGGCUGUGAAUAAUCGAGUUAAUCUGUAUAAGAAAUUCUGUGGGUGGCUGCAAGUCACUACUGGUUCAAACCUGUCAUGUUGA